AUUUUAGUUUAAAAUAUUGAGUUAGAAUAUAAUGACAAAUUAGUUAUUAGUCCUAAAGAAAACAAAGAAGAAAAUGUGCAAACACGGUUAAGUUUCAGUGAAAAGAGAAAGAGGGCGUAUCAUUUCCCGCCAAAUGAAAGCAAGGCGCCAACACAUCCCCUCCUCUUCUCUUCUUUACUCUUCACUCUCUCAAACCUAACCCUAAAACACAGACCCUUCACUUGUAUUUAUUAUUAUUUUUUUUUUACAAUUUCAAAAAAAACAAAGAUGAAAGGAGGCACAGUUCAGAUAAAUUGGCACGACACCAAACCCGUUCUAACCCUAGACUUCCACCCCAUCUCCUGUCUUCUCGCCACCGGCGGCGCCGAUUUUGAUAUCAAGCUAUGGUUGAUUAAUUCAGGCAAAGUGCAGAAGAAAAUCCCAUCUGCUUCAUAUCAAAGUAGUCUUUCUUACCAUGGCUCCGCUGUUAAUGCCCUUCGGUUUUCUCCCUCCGGAGAACAACUUGCCUCUGGUGCUGAUGGAGGUGAGCUGAUCAUAUGGAAAUUGCACGCUACAGAAACUGGUCAAAGUUGGAAAGUUUUCAAGAGUCUGUUAUUUCACCGGAAAGAUGUUCUAGACUUGCAAUGGUCAACUGAUGGUGCGUUUCUCAUCUCUGGAUCUGUUGAUAAUUCUUGCAUCAUAUGGGAUGUUAACAAAGGUUCUGUCCAUCAGAUAUUGGAUGGUCAUUUCCAUUAUGUCCAAGGUGUUGCCUGGGAUCCCUUGUCCAAGUAUGUUGCUUCUCUAAGUUCUGAUAGGACUUGCCGAAUUUAUGUCAAUAAGCCUCAAACCAAAACAAAGGGUGUUGAGAAGUUGAAUUAUAUCUGUCAGCAUACCAUAGUCAAGGCAGAACAGCAAUCGACAGAUGAUGCUAAGUCUGUAAAAAACCACCUCUUUCAUGAUGAAACACUGCCAUCAUUCUUCCGUCGAUUAGCCUGGUCACCUGAUGGAUCAUUUUUACUAGUGCCAGCAGGUUCUUAUAAAAUGUCAGCUUCAACUGAAACAGUAAACACUAGUUAUGUCUUUUCCAGAAAGGACCUUUCGAGACCUUCUUUGCAGCUCCCUAGUGCUAGCAAACCAGUUGUUGCAGUUCGUUUCUGCCCUUUAGCUUUCAACCUUCGGGCAUCAAACCCAGCUGGCUUUUUCAAGCUUCCUUACCGCAUUGUUUUUGCUGUUGCAACUUUGAAUUCGUUGUAUAUUUACGAUACAGAGAGUAUUCCUCCAAUAGCAAUUUUGGCUGGUCUUCAUUAUGCUGUGAUAACUGACAUUGCAUGGUCAUAUGACGCAGGUUAUUUAGCAUUGUCAUCUCAAGAUGGUUACUGUACUUUGGUAGAAUUUGAGAAGGACGAACUGGGACUACCCAUUUCUUUUUCAGAACCUAAAAUCAUGAACGUUGAGAACAAGAGCCCCAUUGUACAUAAACCUGAUGACAUGGUGAUUGAAGCUGCCAGAGUUGAUGAUUCAAUUACGGCAGAUAACACAAAGGCGGAAUGUACAGAAAGGUUAGAAGGGAAACAGGCAUCACCGAGUUUGAUGAAUGCUCCCAUCUCAAAUAAGCCAGCCAAGAGGCGUAUUACUCCCAUGGCAAUCGAUCCAUGAUUUUGUCAUGCUAUAAUCGGUCAAUCUUCUGCAGUUGAUAUGCCAAGCUUUCCAUCUGCAAGGUGCUGAAUUGGUUAUCAUCCGUUUAAAACUGGAUGUAUCAUGUAUGGUAUACAUAAUUGAAUGCAACCUAUGGUUCGUGAAAAAUUGCAGUAUACAUGCUGUUAGUAACUUCAAAAAUACAUUCAUUCAACUGAACAAGACAACUAUGAUAUCAAACAAAUUAGCAAAAGAAAUGGACACAUUAUUGUACACAAGUGGAUUUUUUUCCUUUUU